AUGAUCGUUCGCUCAGUCCCGUUGUCCACAUAUAUUCACCUAGGUCUUCCCAUCCAUCAUGCGCGUCCCACCCUAAAAUGUUCGUUUCGUCGAGAAGCUCAAGGAGCGCGAGGCCGGCGGCCCUUCUCGCACUCCCUGUACCUCCAACAAUCUGCCGGUAAUCUUCCUGUAAACCACUAUGAUGUCCUCAAACUCCCCAUGCAGGCCACUCCGGCCGAACUCAAACGGCAAUUCUACGUUCUCUCCAAAGAGACACAUCCAGAUCUCAACCAGAGCGAUCCCAAGGCCUCAGAGCGCUUCGCGCAGAUAAGCGAGAGUUAUUCCGUUUUGGCAGAUCCAGAGAAGCGAAAGAGGUAUGACCGUGAUGUCAUGCGGGCUCACCAUCCUCACCAUCGUGGCCACGGCAGUCAUGGCCAAAAAUCUCAGGGAGGGACAUAUGCGGGACACAGACCGGCCAGCGGUUUAAGCAAACGACGAAGCGCCUUCAAGGGACCUCCGCCAUCAUUCUACGCACACGGCGGUCCGUCCGCGCGGACACAGCAAACUGCAGGAGAGGGACACACGGCUGGAACCUUCAAUGCUGGCGCAUACUCGGAAGGGGGGCCGGCCUUUGAUGCCCGCCCGACGUUCAGGACACAGACACACGAAGACUACCGCCGCGCCAGUCGCCGAGCGGCAGAGCUCGCGGCGGCACAGGCUGCAGUGGAAGAAGACAACUUCUGGGCCCGCUUCAUCGUCGUGUCUGGAAUCAUAGUGUUGGGCGUCUCUGUCGGUACAAUAGUUAUCCAUAUGGCUAAUACACCUCGAGGAGGCGGACUUAUCCGAGGAGAUGGCAGUCGAAGGGAUGGAGCCAGGAACGAAUGGACGAAAGGCUAA